AUGGCGAAGCGUGGUAUGGCGAAUACUAGGUUUGUUAUUGAUGCCGAUACCCUUAUGGAUUUUGUUAAUGAAUACUUCUCGGGUCGUCAUACAUCUUUUCUUCUUCCAAAUCGUAAUCAGAAUGCUUUGAAUAUGCCCAAUGGGUUUGUUAAUAUUUGUGCCGCCGACGAUUGGAUAACCAUAGCCAACAGGCCAAAGAUUGAGUGUAUCAUUAAGGGUGGUGUCGAUCUUCGAGAUUGGAAGGAUGAGUUUUGCUUGUAUGAAAGAAUUAGGUUGAAAGUUCAGAAAAAUGGUUUCUUUGGUGAUGACAUACCAAAAGAUGAUUGUGGUGCCAUUUAUGAUAUUUUAAAGGAGGAGGGGUUUGUUGUUCACCAAUAUCCAGAAGGAAUUUCAUAUAAGGCUGGUCUUAUUCCUGCUCUUGCUGAGGGAGGGGAAGAGUUUGAUGAUAUGUCAUACUUGCAAUACGUGAAGAAAGGUACCAAGGAAGUUUCUGAGAUGCCCAAUCCAAAUGCUUCUGCUGCUGGUGGCAGUGUUGGCGAGCGUACGGGUGAGAGUAGUGAGGUUGUGAGUCGUCCUCCCUCACAAGUUGAUGCUAUUGAUGUGGAUGCUCUUCCUGAUGCUAGAAAGAAGAGAGCCAACAUGCCUCCACCAGGUGGUGGUUCCAUUGCUGCUCGCAUGAAAAGAGGCAAGAUUGUUGUACCAGUGCUGCUAGUGCUACUGGUGAAGAUGUGGAAGAAGGUAACAAGAUGUGACAUCCGUCACUAAAAUUUGUAAUUUAUUAUAGUCUCUAACUUGAGUUCUUAAUUUUUCGAGUAGUCAAUGUGCCUAUAUAGUAUAACAAGCAUAGAAAUGUGGUGAUCAUUCCAAUAUGUUGUUUUUAUUACUUGG